AUGGCGACAUUCGAUUAUUGCACCGAGCUUCCCGACGCGCAGAUAAGUGCCAACCCAAGCUACGAUGGCUACCAAAUCUACUCCAUUACGCCAUCUUCUGCCGAAGAAGCUCAUGAUAUCAACAAGCGCUUCUCCAACUACCACACUCACCCGAUUCGCAACACCCUGUCAGUUGCUAUUCCACCCGAGGAGAUUGACUCUUUUCGUGCACUGGGUUUGAACGCUCGCCUGGUGAACUCGGAUCUGGGCAAGUACAUUCGCUCUACCGACAAGGAAGCCGUAUACAAGCGUGACUUGCAUGCAACGGGUCAGCUCCCGGACCUGUCGUGGUUCGACACUUACCAUGCUUAUUCCGACCACCUUCAGUACUGGGACGACCUUGUUGCGGCGUUCCCUGGUAACUCUGAGAAGUUUUCGAUUGGCCAGAGUUAUGAGAACCGGACAAUUUGGGCGUUCCAUUUGUUUGGUGACAAGAGCACUGAAGCUGCAACGCAAGAAAAGCCCAUUAUUCUUUGGCAUGCCACAGUUCACGCAAGAGAAUGGAUCUCCACUAUGGUCAUCGAGUACCUAGCCUACCAGCUUAUUGACGGGUACCAAAAAGGCGAUGCAAAUGUGACUAGUUUUCUGGACCACUACGACUUCUACCUCGUCCCCUUCCACAACCCAGACGGCUUCUCGUACACACAAACCAACGACCGACUAUGGCGCAAGAACCGGCAGCCGCGCCCCCAACUAAACACGGCCUGUGUCGGCACCGACGGCAACCGCAACUGGAAGUUUGAAUGGGACGCCACGCCUCCAGACGGUGGUUCAACGCCCAAUCCGUGCGGAGAGACGUACCGUGGCGAAGCCGCCGGCGACACACCCGAGAAUCAAGCCAUGGACGGACUCUCUGCUAAGCUUUCCAGCACGGGCGCUGGCAUCCGGUCCUUCAUCGACUUCCACUCGUACAGCCAGCUUAUCCUCACUCCCUGGGGUUUCUCGUGCGACCCGCUCCCCGAAACGCUUCCCCGUAUGCUCGAGGUAGCAGGCGGCACUGCCAGAGCUAUCCAGGCGGGCAGCGCGCGAAACGUCACGUACGAGUUUGGGCCUGGCUGUCAGAUUCUGUACUUCUCCACGGGCAACUCGAGAGACCACCACCAUGCUGUGCAUGGCGCGGCGCACUCGUGGACUAUGGAGCUGAGCCCCCAGGACGCGGCAGGAGGCGGGUUUGUUCUGCCGCCUGAACUCAUUUGGCCGACGGUCAAGGAGCAGUGGGCGGGCCAGUUGUGGUUGUUGAAUGAUGUUUGGGAUAACUGA